UAUAAUGGUCUCGUCACAGUACAGCGGGCCCCAUAUUUGGGAUAGAAAUGAAAACAAACAGGAAUGAUUUCUCGGGCAGUUGUUUUUGAAUUAGCAUAGGACAGGGAAAAUGGGCAGAACUACUGGCUAAUAAGUUACAACCUUUCACCCUUCCUGAUGACCUUAAAGUAGUAAAAAUUAUAGAGGUAAAGGACUUAAAACAGAUCAUUGAAAUAGAAACUGGAUACGGGGAUACAAAUGCUUGGGUUGAAUGGGUGAAAUAUACUGUGAAAAGUCUGAAUAAAAGCAAUUGCUAUGCAUGUGCCUCAGGUAGACCGGUGGCUCGCGUGGUCCCCUUUCCGCUCGGGUGGAAGCGAGACAGGGCUGGUAUAAUAUGCAUGAUAUAAUACGCCUGUAUCAGGGUGAGACGGCGUGGGGUAACCCAGGCUGUCGGUCUUUGCUGUUGUUGUUCCCUCCCCUGAAGAAGGAGGAAUUAAAAACUCCCCCUUCAUUUUUGGACGUGGUCGGGAAUCACACCUCCUGUGUACGAAGGCAGGGGUCAGACCAGUCCCGAUUUCUAGGAGACUUAAAGUCAUGCUCGGAAAUUGAAUCGGUUUCCGAGACAGAGUGGGGAGGAAACUAUUCAGCUUUAAAGAUACUCCGAGCGGAUUUGUGGUGGUACUGUGGCGGAAAGAUUCUAAGACCUACUAUGCCCUCUGACUGGCGAGGCACUUGUGCAAUUGUACAAUUGGCUAUUCCAUUCACCCUAGCAUUUGAACGAGGUGAGAUUCCUGAACUGAAGAAAAGGAGGAGGGCACGGUCAGUCUUUGCUACCUCCUUUGAUGAUGAUAUUUAUUUGGACUUGAUAGGGGUUCCCAGAUGGGUGCCUGAUGAAUUUAAGGCCCGUAACCAGAUAGCAGCUGGAUUUGAGUCUCUCUUCUGGUGGGUUACGAUUAAUAAAAAUGUCGAUUGGAUUAAUUACAUCUAUUACAACCAACAUAGAUUUAUAAAUUACACCUGAAAUGUUGUUAAAGGAAUAGCUGAACAGUUAGAUGCCACAAGCAGGAUGGCCUGGGAAAAUAGGGUGGCCUUAGAUAUGACUUUGGCAGAAAAAAGAGGAGUUUGUGUUAUGUUAGGGGGAAGUUGCUGUACCUUUAUUCCGAAUAACACAGCCCCAGACGGCUCGAUUACUCAAGCCUUACAAGGAUUGACGACCCUCUCACGUGAAUUGGCUGAAAAUUCUGGGGUGGACACUUCAAUAAUGGGGUGGUUGGAGUCUUGAUUCGGCAAAUGGAAAGGAGUUGUGGUUUCUAUUCUAACCUCCUUGACAGUGGUCGUUGGGAGUCUGGCAGCGCUGGGCUGUUGUAUUAUUCCUUGUAUUCGGAGUCUCGCACAGAGAAUGGUUGAGACUGCCUUGACCAAACAGAUGCCCCUGAAGGUUAUGCAGGGGGACGGCCUUUACUUGUUAACAACUUAUGAUGUUGAGAAUACCCCCAAAGGCAAUUCCAAAGUAGAUGACCUUUCAGGUCUGAUGCUCUCUAACCUGGAGGCCUCAUUGUCCCAGAAUCAAGAAGAUCAACAUACACUGACAAAAAAAAAGGAGGAAUUGAGAGAGAAAAA